CCAUAUUUAAGAGGGAGCAGGAAUAGGCUGAGAGUUGCUUCUGCUUUCUCCACAGACGGGCACACUCUCAUCUGAGUUGGGGUGUCACGGAGCUGAAGAGAGAGAGGUGGGGAAAACCUUACCGGCUCCCACCACCACCAUGUGCUAUGGCAAAUGCGCACGCUGCAUCGGACACUCUCUGGUGUGGCUCGCUGUCCUCUGCGUUGUAGCUAAUAUUUUGCUUUACUUUCCCAAUGGGGAAACAAAGUAUGCAUCUGAAAACAACCUCAGCCGCUUUGUAUGGUUCUUCGGUGGUAUCGGAGGAGGAGGCUUGCUAAUGCUCCUGCCCGCGUUCGCAUUCAUUGGGCUGGAGGAGGAGGACUGUUGCGGCUGCUGCAGCCAUGACAACUGUGGCAAGAGAUGUGCGAUGCUUUCUUCUAUACUGGCUGCCCUUAUUGGAAUCUCAGCAUCUGGCUACUGUGUCAUCGUGGCAUCUCUGGGCUUAGCAGAAGGACCGUGGUGUCUGGAUUCUUUCGGCCAGUGGAACUAUACUCUAGCCGGAACUGAAGGACAGUAUCUUCUGGAUAGCUCCACAUGGUCCCAGUGCAAGGAACCCAAGCACAUCGUAGAGUGGAACGUAACUCUGUUUUCUCUCCUCUUGGCUCUUGGUGGAAUUGAAUUCAUCUUGUGUCUCAUUCAAGUAAUAAAUGGAUUGCUUGGAGGCAUUUGUGGCUACUGCUGCUCUCGCCAGCAGCAAUAUGACUGCUGAAAGAACCACGUGAAGACAGAACCAUAAGCUUCCUCUAUUUCAUUGUAAUUUAUAUAUUGUACUUGUAUUAUUGUAAAACUUUGUUCUAGUGUAUCAUACUCCUCAAAUUCUACUUUUAUAAAAGUGUAUAAAGACUGACAUUUUCACAUGAUGUCAGUGUUUGAACUUAGCAAACAAACUUUUUUUUUUAGGAAUGAGAAAACCUGAGUACUGGAGGUAAUUUAAGACUGACAGUCCUCAGCUUGUCUGAGAUAAACUUUGUAAUAUUUAGGAUAAGAAUCCCAUUCCAAUUACACUUGUAUAUACGUGUAUGUGUUUUGAAGGAAAGAUGUCUAGUAGCUUUUAAGAAGACAGAAACCCAACAACCUGAAAAGAUGUUGUUUAUCACUGUUUAUAUGGUGUUUCCCAUUUAUAUGCCUGUGCCCCUCUAACCAGAGGCCUUUUGAACUUUUUUAGUUCUGUGUGACAUGAACUCUUGCCUGGGUUUGGAGGCCUAAUUGAAAAUACUCCAUGCCAAAUGAAGGAGUCAAAACAUGCAACACUGCAAGUUGCCGUGAGUCCCACCAGAUCUUAAUUUUUUAAAAAAUUAGGAAAACUUCUGGUUUUUCAAAAAAGGACCAAAUGUUUAAACAGGAAAACUGGGCAAGAGGAAAGAUGGGAAAUGGACUAGAGCAGAUAUCAACAUCGUGGGAGACGGGAGGGGGAGUAGGGGUGGAAAGACCACAAGGACCUUUCCCCAAACUUGAUCACGGACCACAAAAUAAAGUAUUCAGUACCAUUU